UACACCCAAUCGUCGUCGAGGAAGACAGAGAGGGGAGGGGUGGGAAGGAGAAAAGCGGCGUCGCGGAGAGGGGCGCCAGGGAAAGAGAUGGAGAGCCAUGGAAAAACGACGUCAUCUUCUGUCCUUGACGGGGUAAGGGACGAAGAGAGGGGCGCUGGAGGUAAGGUCAAGAAGCCGCCGUCUCGGAAGCCGCCUUCUACACCGUACUCUCGGCCGCUGCCGAGCCAAGGUAGAGACCGACCCCAAUCUCAAGACCAAGACGGUGGCCGCCGCUGGCUCUCCAAGCUGGUCGAUCCGGCUUACCGGCUUAUUUCGAGCGGCGCAACUCGAAUUCUUCCUCUGUUAUUUUCCAAACCACCUGCGGUUCAUGCCCUUCCUUCCACCGUCCAUGAUCUUCAAAAAUUGAACUCAGAAUUUGAACAAGAUGAUGAUCGUGAUGGUCGCAAAUGCACAUUAAAUCUUGCAUUAUCCAGAUCAACCAUAGUAGCAGGUCCUAGUGGAGCAGAAGAUAGAUCGAAGAGUUGUUCUGACUUUGAUGGGCACAAAAAAGACUUAAAAGCCGACCUUUCUGAUGAUAGGCUUUCUGAAAUCGAAAGGCUGUUGAAUGGGAAAAAUUUUUCUAGGGAUGAAGUUAAUCAUUUGAUGGAGAUCUUACACUCUAGGGCUGUUGAUCGUAAUCCACACAUGACUUCUGGAAGAGACCCUGCAGGUCUUGUAGCAACAUGUGAAACUCCCAAAACUUCACAUGAAGAAAAAGAUUCAAAGCGAGCCCUUUGGGUUCGAGACGAAGUCGGUGCUUCACCAGUUGAAAUUGCUAGAGCAUACAUGGGGAACAGAGCGUCAGAAAUCAGCCUUGGUUUUAAGAAUACAACAUCAGAAGAUGAAAUAACAUUACUACAUGGUGAUGAAUCUACUGCAAAACCAUUUAUCCCAUCACCUUCACCUAAGCCAUCUACAUGCUGGCCUGGUUCCAUGGCACUUGAUCGACAUGAUUAUUCAACCCCACAAAGUCAAAGAAGCAGAUUUGGGCUUCAUAACUUUCCCCGAACCCCAUAUUCUAGAACUAUUUUUUCAAAGUCCAAGACUAGGAUCACUCAAUUACGGGGUGAUGGCAAUAGGGCUGUGAACGUUUCAUCUACGCCCCUGCAACAACCACAUACUCCUAUAUAUGGGCAGGUGAAAACGAGUGGUGCAGAUAAUGGUUAUGGAUCAGUGGGGCCCAUACGUAGGAUAAGUCAAAAACCUCUUGCAAAAUCUUCUUCAAGAGGAUCUGUAUAUUUUCAUACUCCCUUUGAUGGUCCAUCACAGGCGGGAAAUUCCAAUGCCUCUGUAGGCUUUUUGCCUUCUGUUAAGAAAAAUAUGGAACUUGGAGGAACAAGUGAAAUUUCAAAGUCUCAGUCAUCAUACGGUAAGCCACACAGCCCUGAGGUGGGUGUUCCGACCGUACAUCCACAUGCUACUCAGAUGGCUAGGAAGAUUUUGGAGCAUCUUGAUAGAAAUCCACCCACUCCGAGAGAUAAGUCUCUUGAGUUAGAGCUUGCAGCUAAAUGGAAGAAACCUGAGUCUUCUGAUGUCACCAAUAUCGUGUCAGAUAAACAUAGUAGCUUACCAAAGUUUGGAGAGUUUAAUUCUUUUAAGAACAGAGAACAAAUUGACCACAUGAAUUACGCUCAAAGGAGUGAAGAUAGAUGGAACUCUCAUUUUAAGGUUCCACCUCAGGAGAGUACCUCUGGAGCUACUGGUGCUCUUAAUAGAGGAAGUUCAGCUUCUUCGGGGACUAAACCGGUCUUGCCUUCUAUAACUAUUAGCAAGCCUGUCUCAAGAUGGCCAUUUUCUUCUGAUGCGGCCAGUUCUGCGUUUACAUUCCCGGUUUCUUCUUCCGUAGUAGAGCCACCAACACCAACCAUCAUGUUCUCAGCCGAUGGUCAGCAGCAGCCAAAAGAGGGACUUGCAGUUCCUCCAUAUAGUUUUGGCUCCAAAAGGUCCACUCCUGCCCUUGUUUUUUCCGUUCCUUCUACAAGCAGUGCCAAUAUUCAGGAAGAUGCUUUGGGUAUUAAGUUCAGCUUUGGUUCAGAUGAGAAUACAAGGUUAUCUUUCGGUUCGUUUGGAAAGAUGCUGUCUGCUACGAACUGAAACUGUUUUUUUUUUUCCCUUCUAUUCAUUUCCUUUCUGGGAUCUGUUUAUUUUUUGUGUGUUUUCGUUUUCGGAUAGAUUGUACUGAAAUCGGUUGUACCUUUAGUGGGGAAUGAGGUGGAAAAGCUGCUAAAAGCAGAAAAUGGCACAUUUCAUCCUCCAAUAAUACUCUGUUUCUUGGUUUCCAUGAGACACGUACACGACGUUACUGGUGGGAUUUAGGUUUGA